ACCAUGUAACAAGUAACGGCCUUACCUGUGUGUUGCAGUGUAACCAGAAGGUGAACGCCCGCUGGACGACGGACGAGCAGCUCCUGGCUGUUCAAGGUGUGAGGAAGUACGGGAAAGACUUCCAGGCCAUCGCCGACGUCAUCGGGAACAAGACGCUGGGCCAGGUGAAGAACUUCUUCGUGAACUACCGGCGGCGGUUCAACCUGGACGAGGUCCUGCAGGAGUGGGAGGCGGAGCAGGGGACGCAGGCCCCCAACGGGGACAGCGCCCCCUCUGGGGAGGAGGGCAAGACCAGCUCCGCCACGCCGUCGGGGAAGAGCACCGACGAGGAGGACGAAGAG